AUGCAUUGCUCCAUCGCAGCCGUGGACCACUCCAACCUGGCUGUAUAUUCCUUUAUCCCCGCUGUGCAUUGCUCCAUCCCGGCGCUGGAGCAUCACUUCUCCGCAGUGGCUCGCAUGGGGGGACAGGAGCUGGCAGCGGAGUUCACGGAAUCUCCCUGUUGGGAUCUUCAUCUCUUUUUUUUUUUUUUAACUCCUCCUCCAGUGCCACUGCGAUGCAGCCACCCCAAGAACGUGGCCAACGCGCACAUCGAUGUGGGCAACGACACGUUGCUCAACACUCGCCUGCGCUACACCUGCAACCCGGGCUACAAGCGGAAAGCCGGUACCUCCAGCCUCAUCCAGUGCAUCCUUCGCAAUGGCUCCACCAAGCCUGACUGGACCGACACCACGCUGCAAUGCAUCCGGGACCCGGCUCUACCUCCACUAACUCCCAGUCCUGAGCUCCCGACCGCACCAUGCACCAAGACGACGACCCAAAGGGCAGGAACCACCAAUGCCAGCCCGACCUCCAGCCCCUCUCCAGCAGCAAUGCCCGGGCUGCCGGGAGCUGCUGGCUGGUCACCCACGCCACCAGCACCUGAUGGGCCGUUGCCAGAGACAUCCAUACCACCAAAGAUGCUGGAGACUUCCACACCGGGAGAGAGGAUGGCCCCAGGGACACCUCUGGGGACAACCCCACUGCCCACCACCCCCAUGGACCACGCCGCAGUUUCCAUCCAGACUCUGGCCUCUUCUAUUGGACUCCCAGUGCUGGUGGUCGCUGGCGUUGUGGCCUGCUGCUGCUGGAGGAUGAAAACGCGCAUGGGGCAGGACUAUGUGGCGGCGACGGCCAUCCCCAUGAUGGCUCCCACCGCUGAGAACGAGGAGGUGUUGCCGCCCGGCGUCUUCCCCACAGGCUGAGCACCCACCACCGGGCAACUCGGUGCACCCGCCAGCCCGAAGGAUGCUUGGGGCUCGGAUGGAAAGCCGGACGCUUGCCCAAGCGGCGGUGACGUGUGGUAAAGUGCGUCCCGGUCUGCAGCCGCCCUCCGCGCGGAGCAUCCUCACCCCAGGGACAUGCAGCCGCUCUUCCCAGCCUGAAGAAGUGACUCUUGUGGAUGAGACAGCUCCAGCACCCAAAGGUGCAUGGGUGUCCCAUCGUGUGGCUGAAUGGGGGGUGGGUGAGCCCCACAAGCCCCUCGGGGUGGCGUGGAGGCAGUGGGUGUUCGGUGUCGGGAGCCAGAAUUCGGAGGAGGUGGUCCUGUGGGUGCUGGUGGGUGACAGGGAGCGGGCUGGGGGCUGCCUGCCCCAGCGGAGGGCGUUUGGGGUGCAGGGGAUGGGGUUUGGGUGCUGGGGGUGAAGCUGGGCUGCUCCGCCCUAAGUAGCGCCUGUUCCCCAACCAGGAGCAAGACUAGAGUUGGGCCAGCUGGGCAGCAGCGCCUUCCCUAGAGCCGCUUUGCCCCAAAAUUGCCCCAAAACCCAGAAAGCAGCACUGCUUGCAGCAGAUGGAGAGAGACCUG